GGGGAAGAUGGACCGUUUCCUCCGCUGGAGGUGGUCGCUGUACAUCUCCCUGUUCCUCGGCUGGUGCUGCUACUACCUCUGUCGGAAGUCGUUCCCCUCCUCCACGCCCAACCUGAUAGCCGAGGCCGGACUCACCAAGGACGACCUCGGCGUCAUCAGCAGCAGCUUCGCCGUCUCCUACGGCUUCAGCAAGUUCUUCAACGCCCUUCUCUCCGAUCACGUGAGCCCCAGGAAGAUGUUCUCCGUGGGGCUGGUCCUCAGCGGGAUCGGCUGCCUGCUCUUCCCGGGAUCCGUCUCCAGCAUUCCAAUUAGCGCCGCCCUCUGGUUCGCCGAGGGAAUGAUCCAGGGUCUAGGCUGGGCGCCGUGUGCCAAGCUCCUGAAGGUAUGGUACCCGCCUUCACAGAUGGGGAUGUGGUGGAGUAUCCUGUCCAGUGCUGGGAAUGUGGCUGCUGGUACCUCCCCUCUCCUAUUCACUUACCUCUCUUCCGUCUUCAGUUGGAGGGUGGGUUUCUACAUCAUUGGUACAAUCACGGUGACCCUGGGACUGGUAGUAGUACUUACCAUCAAAGACUCUCCCUCAGAACUGGGAGUCGAACUAACGUUUGAGAAUUCAGAGUCUGAGGACUCUAACAAACACAAACAUGAGACUUCACCAAUGUUGAGGUGGUACAGUGUGAUGUUGUACAAGGAUCUGUGGGUAGUGAGUGUGGGUUAUGCAGUGCUGUCUGCAGUAAAGACGUCAGUUGCAGACUGGAGUCUGCUCUACUUCAUGCAGGUGGCCGGGAAGCCUCAGGCUGUUGCCGCUGCGUGUAUUGGGACCAUGCAAUUUGGGGCCAUUGUCGGCCUCCUCUGCACUGGCUAUGUUUCUGAUCGUGUCAUGACCCAGAGGACCAUGGCUACCAAGUGUCCGCGGGCCCCAGUGUUACUGGCCAUCUCUCUGCUCAUGACCUUGUGUCUGGGUCUAUUUGCCACCACUGUCGACCAACACUCAUCAGAGUUGUGGCUGAGUGUCCUGAUGUUCAGUCUGGGUUUCCUGACAGAUGGAGGGGUCUCAAUGAUAGGACUCAUCUCCAUGGAGGUGGUCCCCACUCAGAUCUCUGGCAGUGCCCACGGACUAGCCUGCGCCCUCGCUCAAGGUCUAUGUCCCUCGUGGAAUAGCUGUAUAUACCUCUCCAUUUGGGCCUUCCAUUUAGGUGACAACCCACUCUAUAAGUAGGAACUGUUGUUAACCCUCGGCGCGCAUGCGCAGCGAGUAGUUGGUCUGUGUGUCCACGACUAGUCUGAAAAGUAAAAUGGCGUUUUCCUGAAACGACUGCAUUCGAGAGAUAUGCCGUGAAAACAAGCGAAAAGCCAAUAUGCAUAAUCGCACUGGGCUUACCGCGACCUGAUCCGCCCGCUCGGUGUACCUUGGUGGCUCAGGAUAUCACAACGAAUGUAUCGACUCCCGCAUGCUAUCUACUAGCCAGUGUCAGACUCUCCGUGAGGUAUAUACUAGCGGGAGACCAAGUACAAAUAGCCAAACCCAUCAAUUAGCAGCAUCGCGCAUGCACAGUUCGCCGAGGGUUUGCACUUUAAUACUUUUCGUUAGUAGUUUGUUGGUGGGCAGGAGUAAAAUUUAGUUCAAAUUUUUGUUGGCUGCAAGCAAUUUGGACAGGCCUCCCUUUGAAUCCUUAUUUCGUAUCUGCUGUUUGUAUAUACAACCUGGCAGCUAUGUUCAACCUUUAAAUGUUGUUGUUGUUGUUGUUAUGCAGUGGGAGGAUUCUCGGCAGGCUGGCCAUUUGCCCACGUAGUGGAGAUCUUCAGUUGGAACACUGCUCUCCACUCACUCACUGUCAUAUCUGGAGGACUGGUGGGAGUGGCCAUCUACCUCCUCUUACUAAUGCUAUCAGGACUAACGCCUGCCAAGACUGACUAGUGGACUCUUGGAGACGAUCAGCCUUUUAUGCUCACUUUUUGUACAGACCUAGGGAGCCUUUUUCAGUUUGUGAUCACUUACACUUACAUUACUAUAUAAUACAUGAGAAGUAUGUAUCAGAACCCUCA